AUGGGCGGGUUGUGCCAUUCGGAAUGGCUAUCUACCAGAGUGAGUGGCAAACGCUGGACACAAGGGGUAUUUAAUUUGGCGGCUAUCAUUGGGUAUACCCUGUCUGCCAAUCCUGAAAGGGAUCAAAGAAUCCAAGGCCAUUUCCAAGGACCCCACGCCGAGAAGCAGUUGAUCACCUGUUCCGUCGACCGGCUUGUCUUCCUACCAGAGGAUAAGGCCGUAGACCUGUGCUUCGACCAAGAAAUUGCACGUUUGGAAUCCGAAAUGGUCAGGGAUGGCCAGGAUAGCCUUUCAUUUCAAUUAUCCUUCAGUUCUACAAGUUCUAGGACGCAAAUAAAACUUCGGAAUAUGAGCUUUUCAACAAGGAUUAUCGAUUACUUGGAGAGGAACACAAUGGGAAUUUGA